CUUUUUGCGCGGGAAUUAAUUAAAAUGUUAAGAAACGUGGAAAUUAAAGCGAAAUUACGCGAUUUAAAAGGUUUAAAAGAAAAAAUUAAAAAGUUAACCGAUUCAGAUGGUGUUUUAAUACAUCAACAUGAUACGUUUUUUAAAGUUUCCCAAGGAAGAUUAAAAUUGCGACAAUUUCAGAAUGGUGAUGCUGAGUUAAUUUCUUACAAUCGCCCCGAUGAUGAAGGUCCAAAAUUAUCAUCGUUUGAAAAGUGUGAUAUUAAAGCUGAAAAUGUGGAUGGUUUAAAAAUCGUUUUAUCUCAUGCUUUGGGUGUUUAUGGGGUGGUUAAGAAAACUCGAGAAUUGUAUUUAGUGGGACAAACUAGAGUUCAUUUAGAUAGUGUUGAUGAAUUGGGGAAUUUCGUUGAAUUAGAGGUGGUUUUGAAACCAGAACAAUCCCUUGAAGAGGGAAAUUUAAUUUGUAACGAUUUAAUGGGGAAAUUGGGGAUUGAAGAUGGUGAUUUGCUCAAAGGAGCUUAUAGAGAUUUAUUAGAAAAUAAGUAAGUUUUGAAAUGAUUUAUAUUUAUUAAUUAUACUCCAUUAUAACUUUUAAUGGUUGUAUAAAUAAAUUAUUUACUAGCCCGGAAGUAUUCUAACAAAUAUUCCCAAUCCUUGAGACAUAAACUGAGAAUGACACAUCUUAUAACACACCAAUAGGAAUCUUAAUAUGUCAGGUUCUAAAGAGGUAAAAUAUUGAUACAAAUUCUUCGUUCGACGCGAAUAAUUAAAUAUAUUCGAUAAUUUCAUUUUGAAACUAUUUUCAUCUUUGCACUUUGAUAAAUUAAGGUUAGAAUUUUAUCGUUGAGGUUAGUUUAUUU